UGGCCCGCCCGCGGCGAGCCGCAGAAGGGACCGCGAAAGGAGCAGCGGGCCCGGGAGAGGGAUCGGGACUGGAAUUCGUGUAAGGGGUACCAGAACGCGGGGCUGAAAGGGAGAGGGAGCGGAGGGGGCUCCAUCUCCCCAGCCCGGAGCCCACCUGGCUCCCGCUCGCUGUCCGUGCGGCUGCCGCCACUGCCCGCGCCGCCGGCGGGGCCCGCCCCUCGCACGUGGGCUGGGCCGAGCUUCCGGCACCUGCGGCGCCUUCGCCGCUUCGCGCGUAUCGAAACCCUCGGGGAAGCGCUCCGGUGGCUAAAACUUUAGAGAAAAAGGAAAAGGCAGAGAGACUGUUGGUUCCAGCAACAUGGAGAAUGAUGUCAGCUUGAAAUUCCAUCAGCAGCUUUUACUUAUUAGUGAAAAUCUGGUGACUGAAGAUGUAGCAGCUUUAAAAUUUCUCUGUACUGACUUGCUCUGCCUCGGUAAACUAGAAGGUGUGAAGUCAGCAGCAGACAUCUUCAAGCUUCUUAUGGCUCAAGAAUAUCUGAAUGCAGAAGACACUUUCCUUCUAGCUGAACUCUUAUAUAGAAUUAAAUGUCACUCCUUGCUCGAGAAACUUGGUUACACCAAGGCAAAAGUACAAAAACUUCUGCCUGAGAAGGGAAGAGUAUCUCCAUACAGGCAGAUGCUGUAUGAAUUGUCAGAGAACAUCACCAAUGAAAUGUUGAAGGAAAUCACAUUCCUCCUGCAAAACCAUCUUCCAAAGCGAUGGAUAACUGCUUCUCCUUUGGAUUUGCUGACUUUAAUGGAAAAGCAGGGCCUUUUAACUAAAGACAAUGUACAGAUACUGAAGGACAUCUGUGGGACCGUUUCACCUGAUCUCCUGGAGAUAAUAGACUGCUACAAAAAGGCAAAAGAUAACAAGGCAGCUAAUUUUGCACAAGGCUUGCCUGAACUAAACCUGGAGCUGCAUGGAGGAUUCAGCAAUGCAGAAAAUGAAUCCAAGACUAUGAAAAGCUACAAAAUGGAUGGGCCACACAGAGGAUUUUGUCUCAUUAUUAAUAAUGUUAACUUCAAUAGUUCUCAGAGGAAGGGUUCUUGCAAAGAUGCUGAGCAACUGGAGAGAGUAUUCACGUGGCUUGGCCUGGAUGUGAGGACUUACACGGAUCUGACCUCGGAGGGCAUUAUAAAUCUCAUGCAAACUUGGCAGCAUGUGCAGGAUCACAAAGACAGGAACUGUUUCAUAUGUUGUAUUCUAUCUCACGGGAAGUCGGGAGCAAUCUAUGGGACAGAUGACAAACUCGUGUCCAUCCGCGUGCUUACCACCCACUUCACUGCCAAACAAUGUCCCCAGCUGGCUGCAAAACCCAAACUCUUCUUUAUCCAAGCAUGCCAGGGUAACAAUAUCCAGCGUCCUGUCUAUGUUGAUACUGAUGGAGCAACUCCUGACCUGUCUCCCGUGCAAGAGAGAGUUCCUCUUUGUGAGAGUAUUCCCGAAGAGGCCGAUUUCCUCCUGGGCAUGGCCACAGUUGACGGAUGUGUCUCUUUCCGGCACACUGUAGAGGGCACUUGGUACAUUCAGGCUCUCUGCAGCAAGCUACAGUUGUUGGUACCAAGGGGUGAAGAUAUUUUGUCAAUUCUUACACAAGUUAAUGAAGAUGUGGCCAAACGUGUUAACCCUUCGGGGACAAAGAAGCAAAUGCCCCAACCAGCAUAUACCUUAAGAAGAAAAUUUAUAUUCCCUAUACCUAUGGCCCCUCCUCCUUCAGAGCAACAUUGAGGCUUUUAAAACACAUCAUUUUAUCGUCUCAUUUAAAUACAGUUCAUCGCACUACAUGUUUUAAGGCAAUUAGCCAAAACCUUGAGGAUCUGUUAGCUUUGAUGCAAGGCCUCAUCAAAUUUUUGUCAAAAAAACUGUGAAACUGGAGAAGACACAGUUAAAACAAUCCAUGUGCCAGCUCUUUACAUCAUCAUAUUCAGAGUUAUCAGUGCUGGAAGAACCAUGCUUCUGUCAUUUUAAACAUUUUUGUACCUGCACAGGCUACAGACAGAAAAGGUUCUUCCUGGCAGCAUAGGGAUUGCAUGUAAGCUCUCAUAUUUAAACCAGGAUUGUUAAUGGUCUGGUUUAGACUCGUCAUGUUUUAUUUUGCAGGCUAACAAUUUAAAAUCCUGUUUCUAAAUCUAGCUAUCUUCAUAGAGAGAAAAAAGUGGGAAUGAAGAGACAAAACCUUAAGUAGUAAUUGGAAAAGGGUUUCUUCAAUCUCUAAUGAAAAUUACAUUUAACUUAAUAAAGAACCAGUUACCAACUGAAAUCAGCCAUUUGUUCCACAGUGUACACUGAUACCCUCAAAUGGCUAACAUAAUCUUCAUGUACAAUGAAGUUUUCCAAAACUGAGUAAAACCAAAAUGCUGCUUAUUAUUCCCUCUGUGAAAUCUUGUGAACUGUUUUUCCAUAUCUCUUCAGAGACAGUUUAGGGUAAAGAUUUGCAUCCUAUGAAAUACAGCAGUCAAAUUAACUUUGUUAAGAAUUAGAUGUUUUAAUUAUCAUUUGUUUGUUUAGGAUCUAAAAUGGAGCCAAUUUGAGAAGGCUCCUAUAGACUAAGCUGCUGACAGACUUUUGUGAGUUAACUGAAAUAAUGCCAUGUUGUUUUGUUAUGAACACUUAUUAUGUAUGCCUGUGUCUUUCCUGUUUGUUACUGCAUUAAAUUCAUACUUUUAAGAGCUUGGUGAGAUAAAAAUUUUGAAUUGAGGUAAGAGUUUAUCCUUGUUUCUGACUAAUUUCCUGCAGUUUGUUGGGCCGCAUGAAUCAGUGAGGUUUUAACUGCUUCAGGGUUUAAGCUGAAGUGAAACUUUAUCAAAAUACUCAUUGUUAUAUAUGAUUAGCAAUACCUUAAGGUGAAGAUAUGAAAAAGUACUGUCUAGUGCUAGCUUGCACUAUUUUUAAGGAGGGGAGUUUAUUUCAUACAGAGCAUUGAAAUGCAGCCAGUUUUCCAAAACAUGACGGCCCCUUUAGAAUAAUGAAGUGGUACUUGUGUGACCCAUUGCAUUUCACGUUUCUGAGUUAGCACGGCUGCCACACUUGAAGUCACAUUCAUGCUACAGAUAAGGAAAAUGUUUAACCCUUUAGUGAAAUAUAGAACAUUGGGAUGGAAUGGUGGUGUUUCUGGCUUGCAGUAACUGUUCAGUCUUAAUGCACUCAUUUUGUAUGUUUAGGAAACACAUUAAUUUUUAUCAGCAUGGAGUAACCAUUGACUUUUCUCUGGGAUCUUGUUUUCAUUUUUAGUUUGGUAGACAGGGAAUGCCAUCAUGCUCUCUUGCUUUCUCUGUAGAGAUUUCUGCCUGGGUAAUCUCCAGUGAAAUCAUAGGUAGGUAAAGGCAGUCAGAAGAGUCUGAGCUUACUGAGCCUUGAGUUCCGUGGGUGGGGAGGAAUCCACGCUUGUGAAAUGUGAGAGACUGGUAAAGCCUCCCUUGCUCAUAAGAAGUGUGUUUAAACAAAGUUUACACUACCCUGAUUUGGACUAUUCAGUGUGAGUGUUUCACUUGUGUUUAUCGAGGGCUGUGUUUAUGUGGCUGCAGUGUAAUGCCUGGCUGCAUGCAGGGGUACUUGUCAGCACCAGCCCAAAGGCAAGGCGAGCUGGAACUGGAACUGCAGCUGCCAUCCUGCCAGGGGGCAUUUCUGUGUGAUUCCUGCAGGGUAUCGUGAGAUGGAAGUUUGAAACUCUUGGGGAGAAGGAGUCGGUUUUGUACAACUUAGGCAUUUAUCACUCCUGCUGUCCACAGUGUACACCUUUCCUUUAACUCCAGUGAUACAGAGCUGUGCCGGAAAGAAACCACUCACAAACAAACAAACAAACAAACAAAUGUGGUUGGUUGCUGUUGAGGCUUACUGAUAGCAUACAGACCCAUGCAUUGAAUGUGUGUGUAAUUCAGUGUGCACUGAAUUAAGGCAGGACACAAUUGUGUCUUGUGCAGCCUUUAUAUAGACAGAUUUAAGUGGAACCAGUGUAAAAAGUUUUCUGGGGAAGUUGCUGUCUUGGCAAGAUCGUGAUCUUAAAGUGGUUAUCAAGUUCCCUG